UCCGUAGUUCCACUCCCCUAAACACCAGGACAAAAAAUGGAAAAAGAAGGAUAUAUUAGCUCUCGACAUAAAAUCAUAUAAGUUGUCACUACUCCUCUAUAUCUUACACCCAGGCUCCGCAGAUUGAACUAUAUAGCUGUAAUUCUGCUAUUAUAGCAGAAUUAAUUCUUGACUUUAUUUUCGCUUGUUUCCUGUUUCCGGGUAAUCGCAGCGCUCGCGCCGGAGAGAUUCGCCAUUAUCAUCGCAAGUGACGCAGAUAAAUAAAUCUGAACCAUGGCCUCCUCAAGCCCCACAACAGACACAGCAGGUAGAAGGGGCAGCUUUAUUUAUGAUCAACCUAAUAUGUGUUUGAGACUGGUGUUGGUGGGAAUGACUGGAGCAGGGAAAAGUUCUUCUGGAAACACAAUCCUGGGCAGAGAAGCCUUCAGAGCCGCCAAAAGUGGUUCAUCCGUGACUAAAGAGUGUGGGAAACAGACUGAAGAAGUGGCUGGAAGAGAAAUCACAGUGGUAGAUACACCCGGUAUGUUUGACACUGAUAUUUCAGAGGAGGAGCUCCUGAAACAGAAGAUCAGUAAGUGUAUAAACAUGACGGCACCUGGACCUCACGCCAUCAUCCUGGUCAUUAAACUGGAGACAUUCACUAAAGAAGAGAGAAACUCAGUGGAGAAGAUCAGAGCCAUAUUCGGAGAAGAAGCAGAUAAACACACACUCAUCCUCUUCACACACGGGGAUCAACUCACAGACGGCACUAUUGAAGAAUUCAUUGAAGCCAGUGAGGAUCUGAAAGAAGUCCUGAGUUGCUGUGGAGGAAGAUAUCACGUGUUCAACAAUAAAGACAUGAAGGAUCGUAAUCAGGUUGUGGAGCUCUUGCAGAAAGUGGACGACAUGAUCUUUGAAAAUGGAGGAGGAUUUUACACCAGUGACUCUUACCAGGACGUGGAGCUCAUGCUGAAAAAUAAAGAAGAAGAACUGAAGAAACUGUACGAGAAGAAACUACAGGAGAAAGAGAUGGAACUUGAAUCCAGAUAUAGUGAAGAAAAUAGGAAACUAAAGGAGAGAAUAGAGGCAUUAACAGCUUCUGAGCAGGAGAGAGAAAAGACUGAGUGCAAGCGUUAUUAUAAAGAAAAGCUCAGCGGGACCAGACAGGAGGCAGAAAAGACUUGUGUUAGUCAGAAUAUAAUAAAGAUCUUCAAGAAGUUUCUCAAUAUCAAACGUUAAUAUGCAUAGUGCACAAUAAUCUCAAUAUUACUUGUAAAUAGGCUUGUUGUAAAUCUCAUGAAAUUUGCCAUUUUGUCCGAUUUCUGGUGCUUGUGGGAACAAAUGUCUUGAAUUAUGCCAGAAAGUUCAAUUUAGUCAAAGAGAUUUAAGAAAUGUGAAUCACUAUUUUUAAGUUUUAUAAUUGAUUAUUUCAUAUCUUAACCUAUAUUAUAAAACUGUUAGUUCCAAUCCUUGAUUCUGAUUGGUCAAUGGCUUUAUUCACGAUAACACACGGCUAUGAUCGCGUCACCCAAUGGCUCUAUAUAUCACUGCGCAACACUGCCGUUCCUAUGCUGUGUUUAUUUGAGCUUUCCUGCAUAUCACACAUUGGAGCGUUAC